AUGAAAUAUCAUGAUUUUGAACAAAGUAUGAAUGAAACCAAAUUGAUCUUAACUGAAAAUUUUGUUUAUAAAUUAUUUCAUAUUCAUGAACUUAAAUUAACAAAAUUAUCUUUGAUUAUUGCAGAUAUGAAAGGUGUUGGAAAAGUAUUUCUUCUCAACUUCUAUUCAUCAUUAUUAUUAUUAAAUUCUAAUAUAAUCAAUGCUUCAAUUUAUGACAAUAUGGCUCCACUAAAAUUAAAACUUAUGAGACUUGAUAAUAAUGAUGAAAUAAAUGUAGAAAUUUCCAAUAUCUAUCAUCCUCAUAUUGAAGAUACAUUUAAUGAAAGUUUAAUAUAUAUUCAACCACAAUCAAUUAUUCCAGUUUCCAUAGGACAAGAAAUUCAAGCAAAAACAAUUAAUUGA